AUGCCUGGCUGCCCGUUCGUUCAGAAGCGUGUGGUCCUUGAAAUCGACCCUGCUUCUCCUCAGCUGCGAAACCCGUGGCUCCCCGUCUUCAUGCCAUCUCGGACCACCUCGUCGUCUUCCUCGUCGCCUGUCAUGAUCUCGGCCAUCCCCCCUCCUCGUCCGGUGUCGGUCAAUUCCUUGACACGGGCCCCCAUCUCCCCCGCGCUCUCAGUCCACAAGACAGCAGGUCGCUGUACGAGUGCAGAGGUCCAAAUCCACGAUGGCCCCGAAUUGACAAUGCCUCCGUCGGCUGCGGUCGACUGCCCUACGAGCCCGGAUACGGAGAUGGAAGAUUGCCAGGGCGCUCAAGAGGCGGAUGCGCAGACCCAUCACCGAUCGGAUCUGCGGUUCGAGAAUCUCCCGAUCGAGAUCCAUGAGGCCAUUCUGGACCACCUCUUUGGGGAACGCGCGUCGACGCAAUCGAGCGCCUCUUCAGGCAAACCCUCGGCGCAAAGCUGGGUCAAGGCGCUCCGUCACCCGCGACGGAAAGCUCUCUCGAAUCUGGCCCUGAUUUGCCGGGUCUGGAGGCCAUUGGUUCAGGAUCGCAUUUACCGACACAUCAAGGUCAAAGGGACGAAGGAUGGCCUGGCAGAAUGCGAGCAGUGGUUUCAACAACACACCCAUUUGGUCCCGUAUGUUCGACAUAUCGAAGUCUGGGUUCCCGUCUGGGGAAAUCGGGCCAACAAGAACGCAACGCCGCAUCUUCCCCCGUCGCGCCGUUAUAUGAAUGAGGACACAGGGUUAGCGGACGUCGCCGCUGUGCUGCAGGCUACGAUGGCCGGGUGGGAAGACUCGGAUAACCACCGUACGCCCAGCAAUUGGAGCUACUAUAUGGCGAGCCAUAAUGCGACUCUGGAGGAGAUUUUCCGCCACGUCAAGAGAUUCUACCCGGAAGCUCGAAUCCUCACCCUCGAGGGCGGCCAUUGCAAGAGACCGCCGUUGAUUCGACACUUCGCCAAUGACCCGUCCGGCUUGUGCGGGCGGUCGCGGCUCGAGGUGUUGCCCAACAUCCAGACCUUUGUUAUGCGUGGCGCGUGGAACAUCAUGCGAGACUAUCGGCAUUGGUGCAGCCUCGCCGAGGCCCUGCCGUCGUUGCGGGAGUGGCACUGCGCGUAUGCCAAGCCAAAGAUCGAAGCGUACGAGACGAUUGCAAAGGCCCUGACGAAUCUAUCGUCGAGUGUAGUCCAUCUCAACAUCAGCCUGGAAGGGUUUCACAACAAGGAGGUCUCCCAAUCUCAUUGGCUCGGAGAGCCGGAGCCGCAGCAUCUGUGUCGCCUGCUGGGGGAGAUAGCGCCGCGCUUGGAGUGUCUCACAUUCACGGGCAACGUGUGCGCGAGUUUCUUCAGCAGUGCGCGGGCGGCGAUGGCGAAUCGGCCGGGAGAGUCACGGCUCAAGUCGUUGGAUCUCGUGGUGAAGACGUGCUGCCGGGAGACGACGCGGCAGGAGUCGAUGCCACCGAUUCUGGACGAGGCGGCGGGGAUUACGAAUCUGAAGUUCAUCCGAUCGUUUGAGAAGCUGGUGCUGGGGGCGGUUCGUGCGCUGGAUACGUUGCAGGCGCUGGACUACGUGCGGAUCCGCUUUAUCGAUCUGGACUCGGCGUGCCCGCUGCUCAACCCGUACUUCCAGAUGGUCAACACCAGUGCACGGGGCUGUGGAGCGAAGCGAUCCUGGAGACGCUGCACGAGGUACGGCCGACGGCGCAGUUCGUCGAGCUGGCCGACGGCAUCUACCCGCAGUACGGGAUGA